AUGCGUGUGCUGGGCGUGCGAACACUGCGCCUGUUGACCACCAACCUCACCGAGCCAGUCCCUUAUUUGCUACGCAGUGAGGACAAUUUGUCUCUGGCAGCAACCGGGAGGCUCAACGGUCUGAAGCCACCGACUACCACCCACCAAGUUGGGCCUGGACUAAAUCAGGACCAGGGCGGGUCUACCCGGCUAUCAUUGAAUGAGACCUGGAAGAUCCGCGACGAGGCUGCAAAGCUAGCUCACCUGAACUAG